AUGCUGGGACCUAUUGAUCUCUUAAUUCCACCUGUUUUGCUGGUCGGGUCCAUACUGACCCUACCCUUCACUCUGAUCUCUACUGCUGCUCGAGGUCAACUCAAGACUUUGUCUAACUGGCCAAAACUACGGCACUACUGGUUCCAUAACCUCUGGUUCUGGUUUGGACCCAGCACGAAGUUCCUAUUCGCUGGACGUGUGAAACCAUUGCUCGAGCAUGCGAAUGGGCUUGUACUCGACAUUGGACCUGCAAGUGGGAUAUGGAUGCCAGAGCUGAGCGAGGCUGUUAAACAAGGCAAGAUAACCAAGAUCUAUGGUGUGGAGCCGAACGUCAACUUCCAAGGACAGCUCCGUGCCGCUGCGAAGCGAUAUGGUUUAGCAGACAUCUACCAACCAUUGCAGGUAUAUGCUCAGGAUCUCGAAACGUGUGGAAUCAAGAAGGGAAGCGUAGACACGAUCAUUACAGUACAUGUACUGUGUAGUGUAGGGAAUCACGCCGGACCGCUGGUCAAGGAGCUGUACGAGUACCUCAAGCCUGGAGGGCAGUGGCUGGUCUACGAGCAUGUUGCUUCGAAGCAUUUUCCGAUACAGCUUUGGCAGCGUCUCAUCAAUGUCAUCUGGCCGACUCUACUGGAUGGAUGCCAUAUCUGUCGUGACACAACGAAGACAUUACUUGCAGCUGGCCCAUGGGAGAAAGUAGAUGUUCAUAUGGACGCCAACGAGGGCUACUUUGAGAGUCUACCGCAUCUGUAUGGAACCUUGGUGAAAGCGGCUUGA